AUGUCCAAUACCUUUGCACCAGUAGUCAACGAUCCUCUUACAAAUGGUCAUGUGGUGAAUGCCAACAACUGUCCCACAGAUGACCAAGAUGUUCGCAAAGAGCUUCGCAAAUUGGGCGAACCUAUUACACUUUUCGGUGAGCGAGAAGUUGAGAGAAGAGAGAGACUUCUACGGCUCCUUAGUGAACAGAGACACACCGACUUCGGCAUUGCCGAGCUCGAGAGGAGCGACGACAACCUGAUGGAGCACACAAGUGAGGAAGAAGUUGAUGAAGAGGAGUUCUACACGCCUGGACUGGAUGAGCUAUUGGCUUCUCGAAAGUAUAUUCUAGAGACCUCUGUAGAGAAGGCUGCAAGAAGAUUGAAACUACAGAAACAACAGGCGACAGACUACGACGCUGCACGCACAUUGAAGCACAGGCGACACAUCAACAGCGAACUUGGAGAGUUUGAAUUGAACGGUACAUACACUUUACAAGGAAACACCCGGACUUUGAGUGGUAUCAGAGUCAAUUCGAGCGAUAAUAAGGUGGCGUGCGGAUCUUGGGAUGGAAACUUCUUUAUUUUGGAGCGUGGAAGUCCAGAUAAUUUCAAACAGGUCUGUCGGCUGGCACCAGGCAACCAUACGGAGAAAGUAACAAUAGCAUGGAGUCCAAACGAAGAAGACCUUCUUGUUUCUGGAGGAGCAGAAGGAACGCUCAAUGUGUGGAAAGUGACUGGUGAGUCCAAAUUGAAACCUUCAACAUCCGUGAAACAGGCUCAUUCCGGUCGAAUUGCCAAAACAGAGUUCCAUCCCAGUGGAAAAUACGUAACCACCACAUCUCAUGAUCAGACUUGGAAGAUGUGGGAUCUCAACCGCAUGAAGGACUUUCUUGUGGAACAGGAGGGCCAUGACAAAGAGGUAUGUGCUGCAAGCUUCCACCCUGACGGAAGUAUACUAGCUACUGGUGGGUUAGACGCCAUAGGACGAAUUUGGGACCUUCGGAGUGGUCGUUCCAUUGCGGUACUCCAGGGUCAUAUCAAAGGUAUUUAUAGUAUGGACUGGUCUCCCAAUGGGUAUCACCUUGCCAGUGCUAGCGGAGACUGCUCGGUGAAGAUCUGGGACAUGAGAAAGACCGAGGCAGAGCUCUUCUCCAUUCCAGCCCACACAAAGUUGGUCAGCGACGUGAGAUUUCUUCAGCGCAUUGAGAACAGUCCAUUGGCUGUAGCGCAGACGGAUGAAACUGGCAACAACCCCAAGGUACUAGAUGCGUCAGGUAGUUGCCUUGCUACAUCCUCGUUUGACGGAACCGUCAAGCUCUGGUCCGCAGACAACUGGGUGGCAGUUAAGACGUUACGUGGACAUACAGAUAAGGUGACGAGCUGUGACAUAAGUCGAAACGGGCUGUACGUGGUCAGUUGUGGAUGGGACCGGGUCAUGAGAGUAUGGAGUAAGUUGGUGUGA